ACUUGCCAUGACGAUGGCACAUUCGCUACUUGUGAAUGCCCUAAAGGAUUUAUUGGAGAGACAUGCUCUGAAACAGUAGGCACCUCAUCUACCUGUGAUCCGAACCCUUGCACAAAUGGCGGAAAAUGUUUCGCCGAUGGUUCUGAUAACGGAUUUUCAUGUGAAUGUGCUCCUGGUUUUGAAGGACCUCUGUGUGAAAGUCAGGCAGCCGAAUGGGUGCCAAAGGUAGAAGAGCUCACAACUCUUUCAUUUUCCUCGUUCAAUACUGUGACAACGACUGCUGUAACUACGCUUGGACCAGUGGCCACUUCCUGCCUUUCUUGUGUACACGCAGACAAAUGUGUGGAAUCCACAGCAGGAGCACUUUGUCUUUGUCAUCAGGGUUAUCGUGGUCCCCAUUGUGAUGAAAAAGGAGAGGUCUGCGACACAGUCAAGUGUCCUCAGUCUCAAACAUGUAGACCGCUAAUCUCGAUCGGUGACAUUCACACGAGAUGCGGUUGUCCGAUUGGAUCUACUGGUCCCAAGUGUAAAGAGAGUACUGUAGCCUCCUUAGACGAGAACAGCCUGUUUAUCCAUCAGAGUCCCAAUGUCAUGAUCGGGUGA